AUGGCAUCAGUGCCUCGACAGCCUGGGAAUCCACCUCCUCCAUGUCCCGCUUGGGUCUUUUCCAUUCACUCCAACACCCAUGUUGCCAAAGAUCGCUGUUGGUUCGGAAUAGACUACAUCCCCUUCAAGUCUCAUGUCACGGAUAUGGCUGGAGGCUCGGUCGAAGUCAUUGGGAUGGGAACUGUCAACAUAACCACCAUGAGCUCGCCAACCCAGACCGAUCAGGAGUCGUACAGCUCCAUCAGCUUGAAGAACGUGUUGCACACACCUGCGAUACUCUGCAACAUCAUUGGAAGUCCCAUAACGCACAGUCACACUAUCGUUUGCGGGCCCACCACCUCAACUAGCUCCGGUCGAAUUAUGGACGACUCCGAUGGUCGUACCGUGGCCUACUUCAAGUCCAUGAGUCAAGGCCCCCGGCUGUACCAACUUCAGGUUAGCGCGCCUCCAUACGGCUAUCAGUUUGGGGCUUCGCCUUUGCUCCCAAACGGGCACUAUAUGAUUCAUGCCUUCUGGCCUCAGCAUGAACGGCAGAGAUUUGCAAUCUUGAAAUCCCGCGGCCUGGUCCAAGCCUCAGGCGUAGAGGCGCUAACAGAAUCUGAGAGACAUUGGUUCAGGAAGAGGCAUAUGUCCGAAGAUGCGAUUCUACUUGCCUACGGGUUGAACAAACACAGGAAGGAGCAUCGAGAGGAAGGCCGUGCUAUCAUGCGGAUUCUUAAGUCCCAUGCUGAGAAUGAGCCAAUAGUUUGA